GCCAAAAUGAACGAAAGACACAAACUCCCCGCCUCGGCGCCUCCUUCUUCAACUUUAUUUUCCUUCUCUUCUUCUUCUCUCUCCUUUCAUUCUUGUCGUGUCGUCUGAGGGGGAACUAUUGACCAUGAUCGCCAAGAGGUCUCUGUCGGGGUCGUCGCAGAGUCCUCGAUCACCUUCGUCUUCUACUUCGGAACCGUUUCUACACGUCACGGUCACGGAUCCCGUGAAGUUGGGCAAUGGAGUCCAGGCCUACAUCUCGUAUCGUGUCAUCACCAAGACAAAUUUUCCUGAAUAUCAAGGGCCAGAAAAGAUUGUUAUCCGUCGCUAUAGUGAUUUUGUAUGGCUGCGAGACAGGCUAUGUGAGAAGUACAAGGGGAUUUUUAUUCCACCCCUUCCGGAGAAAAGUGCUGUAGAGAAGUUCCGCUUCAGUGCUGAGUUUAUUGAGUUGAGGCGUAGAGCAUUAGAUAUAUUUGUAAAUCGAAUAGCUUCACAUCCACAACUUCAGCAAAGUGAAGACCUCAGAAUUUUUCUGCAAGAAGAUGAAGAUACCAUGGAGAGGGCAAGAUCUCUGGAGAUGGGCAUUUUUAAAAAGAAGCCUGCUGAUCUGAUGCAAAUGAUUAAGGAGGUCCAGACGAGGGUAACUGAUGUUGUGCUUGGGAAGGAAAAGCCUGUUGAAGAAUCUGACCCUGAAUAUGAGAAACUGAAACAGUAUAUUUUUGAGCUAGAAGAGCACCUGGCUGAGGCACAAAAGCAGGCCUUUCGUCUUGUGAAGAGACACAGAGAGUUGGGACAAUCCUUGUCUGACUUUGGAAAGGCAGUCAAGCUCUUAGGUGCUUGUGAGGGAAAUUCUCUUGGUAAAGCAUUUUCAGAUUUUGGCAUGAAAGCCGAAAUAUUGUCUUACAAGCUUCAGAAUGAGGCUGACAAUGUGUUGAUGAACUUUGAAGAGCCUUUAAAGGAUUAUGUACGCGCUGUGCAGUCAAUAAAGGCUACCAUGGCAGACCGAGCAAAUGCUUUCAGGCAGCAAUGUGAAUUGACAGAAACAGCAAAGCUGAAGGAGAUUAACCUUGAGAGACUGAUGCUGGCUCGAUCUGAGAAGGCAGCAGAAGCUGAAAUAGAGUGCAAGGAAUUGAAAGCAGAGAGCGAGGAGGCUACCAGGAGAUUCGAGACGAUUGUCAAAUUAAUGAACCAGGAGAUGGUGCGAUUUCAAGAAGAGAAGACGAUGGAUAUGGGCUUCACAUUCCACGAGUUUGCGAAGGGUCAGGCCAAACUUGCCAAUGAGAUUGCCGAUGCUUGGCGUGGCUUGCUUCCAAAACUUGAUGCCUAUUCUUCCUCACGUCGAUGAUUCUUGUUCCUCUUUUUCCUUCUCCAAUUUUCUGUUUGUCUCCCGCUGCUGCUUUCCUCUAUGAUUUAUUUUGGUUUUUUAUAUGUAUAAUAACGGGACCUCUGAGAAAACUUCCUAGUGUUUUUUUA